CAUUAAUUUGACAAAAAAAAAAAUUUCUUUUAAAUUCAAAAUUCUAAAUAAAUCCUUUUUGGCAUAAAUAAAAAAAUGAACUACAUUAUUGCUGGAUCAGUAAUCACAACAUUUUUCCUAGUGGCAUAUUUAAUUAAUAAAUAUUCAGAUUUAAAAAAUUCCCAAGACAUUGAUAACCUAAAUGUCAAUGACUUUUGCCUCGAAAAAGAUUUCAAUAAUAUUAUUGAAUUAAUACCAAUGUUAGAAAUAAAAAAAAUACUUGAUGAUUAUUUUAAAUAUGACAAACAAAUGUCAACAACUUAUAAUUUUAUAAAUGAACAAAAAAAAUUUAUAAUUCAAGAAAUUAAAAGUAUACCUGAAACAAUGAUGCUAUUAAAAAUUCUCCAACAUCUUGGUGUUAAUUUAGAAAAUUUAAAUAACACAAUAAUUAAUACAUGGCUAUCGCUACCAGAAUUUGAAGAAUCAAAUUCAUGCAUUGCAUCAGGUGGUUUAACUGUGAUGAUAAAUAAAAUAUUAUUAAUUUUACCUCAAGAUGAAUUACAUUUUUUAUUACGAGAUAAGCUAACUAGCUCAAAAAGUUUUAAAAUUUUAAUUCAACUUUUAAAAUCACCAUUGUUUAUUGAUUUUUGUGUUAAAAUAAAAAAUAAUGCAGUUUUAAAUAGACAUUAUUAUUGGGCAAAUCAAGAUGGAAUUGAGGCAAUGUGUGCCAUUGAAUUGUUGAAGAAACUUUACCUCUAUUUGACUCAGAGGUUAGCUGGUGCAUAAACCCAAAAAGUAAUACAACAUUUUCCACUUACUGAUGAUAUACACUAGGACAACUGAGUCACUCGGAUCUUUCACCGUUCGUUGAAUUUACGAGUAGUUUUUGUAUAUAUAUUUUUCAAGAAGAAUAAACGACACUGUACCCACAAAUACCCACCACUUUUACUUAUGUAUAUAUGUUAUUUUUUGUACAAGUGUUAGAUGGAAAAGAGCCAACCAAGCGUUGAUGGUGAUAAAAGUUUACCACACAGUUUGAGGAACACAUUUUGUUAACGAAAACAGAAAGGGAAAUUAAUUCUGAUGAUGAUAACCUCUCUACUACUACUACUACAACAAGUGUCUUCAUCCACCUCAAAAUGCUUGGGUUGUUUGUUGGGUAGAUGAGGUAGAUGAGGAGGUAAAAUCUUGUUGAAGAAGCUGUGCGCGCAAAACGGCACCAACGGUGUCUGCGGCAAACAAUUCCAAUUAACUUGGGUAGAAUUGAAAUAGAACUUGUCUGUCCGACGCUCAGUGUCUUGCAUUGUGAAUACUCCGGACACGCAGACUAAUUUUUUUUUUAUAUAUAUAUUUCACUCUACCCUCUAUACCGCACUUGUUUUUAUAAUUUUAUUUUUUUUUAAAUUCUACAUAAAAUAAGCAUCCACUUACAUUAUUUUUUGACGUUUAAAAAAAAUUAAACAUUCAACUUGUGUUUCGUGAAAUAUUUAAAAAAUAAAUUUAAAAAUAAAAUAAUAAUAAUUACAAAUUUUAACAAAAAAGAGAAGCUGAUUGUCAACAAAAUAAUUGUAAUGAAAGAAAAAAAAAAAAAAAAUGAGCUUAUAUAAAGUUAAAGCCAACAAGAGAGGCUUUCUUCUGUUAUAGAGUCCAGACACAAUGCUUGUCCUUCUUGGUUAUUGAGGACACCCAAAACCUCUGUGUACAGAUCCCCCACGACUGUGUACUCAUCGUCUAUCCCCCAAGUCAACUCAAGUCAAUCCUUGAGUCUCUGCACCAACCAAAAUCAUUCCCCUAACUAUUUUCUCUUACUCAACAUUAUUAAAUCCUAGCUAUUUUAUUUUUUAUUUAUUUUUGACAAUUAAAGUUAUGACCAAAAUAUUUAUUCUCUCUGUUCACAGUAAUAUCAAUAUGACUGUCAUAUUAUACGUCAUGACACAAAUUAAUACAGUCAAUUUAAAAAUAUUUAUAUUCAUUUUUCAUAUAUAUUUUUUUUUAAUUUUAAUUUAACAAUAUAAAUUGAAUAAAUAAAUUAACUUAGUUAUGAUAAAUUUCACAUUGUUACAAAGUUGGAAUAAAAUAUAAAAAAAAAAAUAAAAAAAUAAAAGAAAU